AUGUUGACCCGGAGCAGGCUUGGUGUUCCCGCCGUCCAUGUAAGUUUAUGUAGUCUGUGCGCCUAUGUUUCUGAUCUGGUAAAAUAGAUGGCAGCAGGUUCAGCUUCACUUCUGGGAUCUAGAUCUUAUUUUAUAGCCUGUUCUACCUCUGGAUGGUAGAACUUCUGCUUGGAAGCACAAUUAGUCAAGUGACUUUGUCCCUCUGUUCCUGUGUAUGUUGAGACUCUGCGGCUCGAGUUAUGUUAUCAGGGCUCAUGUCUGAGUCCGAAAGCGAGGCCAUGACCGGUUUCGCGUUUCAUACCAUCCCAGACCUCUGUGAAGACGGGGUGCACGCGUCCAGCGAUCGCUUGCAUUAACACCUUGGAGGCUCCCACUUUACGUUCUGAAUGUUCCCUAACUCCAAAGUUAGGGUGAUCAUAUUAGAGUCAUGGCGGCGUGCUUCCACCAGUGAUAGCGACUAACUUCGACAUUAUAUGGUGGUGCUAUGCCGCAAAGGAGACAAUCCUGGACCUGUUUUAUGAUAAGUCAUGAAAAUGUGCAUGUCUUUGCACGGUAGACCUAGCCUUUGAAUGGCCGCCCAUCAUAGUAUAACGCCCAUGGUCACCGUCAAGUGAGGAAAGUCGAUAAUGUAAUCCUGGAAGCUUAUAUCUAAAAGGUGUCUUAAAAUGACUCAGUACCCGUUACAGCUGUUUCACCGUUCAAUGUCUCCCAUUUCCUUUAUCUCCAACAUACCCAGGCCUUGAAUUUAAGUCCGUUUAUUUGUCGCACUUGCUCACACUUUUUCCGUAAUUACAGCGGGAUGAAAAUGUAGGCACAUUUGCGAAGUCAUUCGAUACCACCAAAGCCAACACUCAAGCCAGUGUGCAUACAAGGUCACGAGCCGCUCUAGGAGAGCUGCAAAACGUUGAAUCCUUGCCCCACAAGCCCUUUAAGAAGCCCGACGCACCCCAAGCACCUGCUCAGCAGAAUCAGGAAUCUCCGCGCAAUCUGCAAUCUGUACUUAAUGCCAGGCUUAAAGACCUCACACAGGCAGAAAUAAAUGCGCUACAAGCCUUCUGCCAACGACGAAAGGCCAUAAGAUCGACGUUACUCACCGGUGAGAACUCAUCUGUCUACAUGGAUGUUGACAAGGACUCGGCACGUGACGCGGCUUCAGUUUCAGUGUUUGCCGAGACCAUCUUCAACUAUCUACAAAUUGAAGAGCUGCGGUGUCAGCCACUCUCCUCUACCUUUCUAUCUGCCUGCACAGAGAUAAGUCCAAGGAUGAGAUACAUCCUAGUUAACUGGUUAGUUCAAGUGCACCAGAGCUAUAAACUCCAACCCGAGACUUUGUAUUUAUGCAUUGCGAUCAUGGAUCGUUACUUACAGGUAGAUCCUCGACUUCCUGACAGUACUUGUCGUAGAAAUGUGGUUCCGGAAUCACAAAGGACCUCUUCCAGUUAGUUGGUAUCACGGCUCUUUUUAUCGCCUCAAAAUUCGAGGAGAUGUACCCACCAGACAUUGGCGAUUUCUCAUCAAUAACCGAUAAUACAUACAGUAAACGCGAUAUCCGUACAUGCGAGCAACUAAUCUUGCAAUCUCUGGAUUUCUACUUGUCGAUCCCUUCCCCCAUCGUGUUUUUGCGUCGCAUAUCCCGAGCGCUUGAGGUAAACACAUUUCAGUUCCUAACCCAGAUAGGCUGACAGGCGAAUGCACAAUCUAUCAAAGUACUUCCUUGAACUUACCAUUCAAGAGUAUGAUCUGGCCUACUUGCCAGGGAAUCUAAAAGCCGUGGUCGCCGCUUGCCUUUCCCUCGCGGUUUGCGCACACUCGGACAACAUCGACGAUGUCUGGAACGACAAGCUUGCUUAUAUUAGUGGAUAUUCCAUCGACGAUGUCCGUGGACCCGUCAAAAUCCUAGCUAAGGCGGUGUAUCGUCAAAAUUCUCCAUCUAAGUACAGGGUAGGUUACUAUACUCUCUUAUUCUCUUAGGCUAUAUACGAUAAGUAUCGUCUGGACGAUUUAUACGACAAAGUGGCAGCCCUACCUCAACUGCGCUCUGCUAUGAUGGAAGCACUUGCGGACCUGAAAUUUGACGAAGACGGGACCGAAGUCGUUGCUUAA